UUUGUUAACUGUGAAAAUUGUCUCUAUAUGUUUUUUGUUAUUUCAAGAUUUGUUUAAGAUUAUUUUAAAAUUUAUUAUUUUCUUUGUUUUUUUUUCAUCAAAUGUGGAGCUGGAGAUGUACAGACAACCCUUUAAAUAUAUUUGCUUUGCUCUAUUUUGUUGCUUAAUCGCGUAUAAUUGGAGAAAUUUUUGAAUCAAAAAUAGCAAAAAAUAAUUUUAAAUUUUUACGAUUCUUUAAGAAAUUUUAAAAUUUCUCCAAUCUUCCAAAAAAAUUUCUUGAGUUACAUGCAUGUCUUUUCCAUCCAUCUAAUUACUCUUUGUUGUUCUUGGUAGUUUUUCUUUUUUAAAAAAUAUUCUUUUCUCUAAUAAUUAAUAUUGUUGAGCCUAUUUUUGGUUCAUUUCAGGAUGUUGUGUACACCUCCAUUCUUGAAUUUCACCUCAAAACUCAAUUUGUUUUUCCGCCUUUUUUAUUCGUUCAAAACAAAUGUUAUUUUGCUUUUUUCUGGUCCAAAAUCUCAUUAUUCAUUUGUUUUUUAAACUCGAACGAAAUUUUGAAUAAUUUUAUUGUUUUUUUUGUUUUAAAGGCCUUUAUUUGGCAUAUAAUUUUUUUCAUAUUUUUAGUUUAUUUAAACUAUUUGUUUUAUUUUUAGAAAUGUCGGUAAAAUUGUUUGAUCGGAAAAGACGUUGUUUGGACAAUCAUUUAAAGCAAAAUGAUCAGAUAACUGCAGUUUCUGGCUUUGGAACAAUUAUUGUUGUUGGAACAUAUUCGGGAAUGUUGAUGAUCUUUAAUACGUGCCCAGAAGGUUCAUCUGCUGAAUGGGAAUUGGAAGCAAAUAUUUGUUUAUCAGAAGAGAAGGUGGGAUCGAGGAGCACCAGUUACACAAAUUUGUUGUGCUUCUGCAAUAGGGCUUUUAAUUAUUGUUGUUGGGGAAAGAGUACUUAAUUUAAUAUUAGAAGAAGAAAUGAGGAUUGAAGAAUUAUUUAAAGCAAAAAGAAUAUCAUUAAAUACACAUCCAAUAAAUAAUUUAAAUCCUUUUUCUAUUCAAUUAGCUAUAAUUACAAAUAAUAAUCAAAUAUUAAUUGGAAGAAUUUCUUCAGAAAAUAAUUAUUUAUUUAUUAAAGAAAAAAAAU